UGGCAGGAAUGGGAAUGUACCGGUUAUCCCCAUGUCGUCACAAACCGUGGCAAACCGGUCAGACUGAAGGUAGAGGACGCGGCAAGGCAGUGGAAGUGGAAGUGGCGGUGGCAGUGGCAGUGGCUGUGAACAAGAGGAAGCAGCAGCACAGCACAAAUGGUACUAUCACUGCUGGUGAUCACUAUAAGCCUAUUGGCUCUGGGGAGAGGCUACCCUGCAGACAAGGACUCUGACACAAGACUAGGAAUAGACCGGCCCAGUACACAGGAACCCCCUCAGGUGUCUGAGUGUGGCCUUGAUCAACUGUUAGGUGAGGUAUUCGGUAGCAGCUCUGGUGGCACUGGGUGUGGAAACUCUCCACCCCCUGAUGUCAAUAACGGAGGAAAUUAUAAUCCUGAUGUCCACAACGGGGGAAACAACCCAGAUCCCAACUACACGCAGCAGCCAGUACCAAACCAGCAAGAACCCUAUAACCCCAACCCCCAGCCAAACCCCUCUGAUUGUACUUGUGUCCAAUACUACCUCUGCAAUGAUAACAACACAAUAAAUGAAGACGGUGUGGGACUCAUUGAUAUCAGGUUAAAAGAUGACGAGUGUGACAACUACCUCGAGAAGUGCUGUGGAGGACAAAACAUCCGACCUCCUGACAACCCAGUGACACCAAAGCCACAUACAAGGCCAGCCGGUGGUACAUGCGGCAACCGAAACUUCGAGGGAAUCGGUUUCCGGAUCACGGGUGACAACGAUAAUGAGGCUCAGUACGGGGAAUUCCCUUGGAUGGUAGCAGUGGUGCGCCCAGACAGAACCCUGAGCAACAGUGGCAAGACUGUCAGUGUCUACCAGUGUGGUGGCUCACUGAUACACCCUCAGGUGGUGCUCUCUGGGGCACAUUGUGUGAGAGGGAAGGAUAACCUGGUGGUACGAGCAGGCGAGUGGGAUACCCAGACCAAGAACGAGUUGUAUCCCACACAAGAUGUGAAGGUGCGAGAAGUGAUUAUUCAUGAACAGUUCAACAAUGGAUCCCUAGCCAACGACCCAGCCCUACUGAUACUGGAGAGGCCGGUGGACAUGUCUGUUGAGAAUGUUGGUCUUAUCUGUCUCCCUGGAGCCAACGAGAACAUGGAUGGUAGAAACUGUGUUGCCAGUGGCUGGGGCAAGGAUUUAUUUGGUAAGGAAGGCAAAUACCAGGUGAUUUUGAAACGAGUAGAUGUUCCGACUGUGCCGAGACUUCCUUGUUUGGAAGCAUUACGGAAGACUCGACUGGGUCAAAGAUUUAAACUGCAUGAGAGCUUCAUCUGUGCAGGUGGUCAACCUGGCAAGGAUACCUGCAAGGGUGAUGGUGGCAGUCCUCUGGUGUGUCCCAGCAGAAACAACCCCAACGUGUACGUGCAGGCUGGAAUCGUAGCUUGGGGCAUUGACUGUGGCACUGAGACUCCAGGUGUCUAUGUUAACGUCCCUUACUUCAUUGACUGGAUUAACAACAAGCUCCAGGCUCAGGGCAUUUACCUUGACUCCUAUUAACUCACCUGCCCUAAUCUUGCAAAAAUAAAUUUUUGACUAUGUGACUUGAAAAAUGCUGUCCCAAUAUGAGUCAGCCAUGCUACUACCAAAACAAACCAAUCCUACCAAUGCUGUAAUUUUAUGAGAGUGACUAAAGGUGUCAUAUUGAGUGAAUAAUGUGAAACUCGAGAAAUAUUUCAAUAAAUUUUAAUUUAUA